CAGAUGUGGUCCAGGACCUGAGAGCAAAUACAGUCACUGCAGCAUCUGUCAUUUUAUCUUGGAUGCCUCCAGUAGGCAAUGUUAAGUCAUACAAAGUGCAAGUUGACGGAUUAACUUCAAUGGAUCUAACUACAUUUGUUGAAUCCAUAACUAUUAAUAAACUAAUUCCUGGAAACAACUAUAAUUUCAAAGUUUUUGCAGUUGCAGAUGAUAACAUUACCCAGGGAAAUCCCGCACAAAUAUCUGUAGUCACCAAUAACAGUAAUGCAGUUCUACGAAUACGUAUGAUCAGCAGCCUUCUGAAUAUCGAUACCUCAGAAGUCCAAACCAUGACCCUGGCUCAGCUAAAAGACAUACUGCAGGUGAAAUUACCAGAUAUCAACUUUACUCUGUCCUGGAAAAGAUCAAAAAGUGUCUGAUAACAUCUCCCCCCAGAGUUCUGUAUAUUAUAUGAACUAAAUAUAUUAAAAUGUUUACAUUAAAUGCUUUGCCACCUUAAGAAUGAUUUUUAUGAAAAUAAAUAAUUACAUUUAUGUAUGUGAAUUGCCAAGUGCAUAGUUUGCAGUUAUUUAAUUCAGACGUUAAAGUUUUAAAGUAUUGUUGUAUAGUACACGUGUUACUUUGCAUAAAUAGUUUCACAUCUAUAAAACUUCUGCAUACAGGUUUCCAGCACAGUUUUGUAUUUUUAUCAGUUCUGCAAAACCAAGGUAGAAUCUAACAUUUUGUAUAUUACAACAAUUAUCCAUGUUGGAAGACAAAUUUUCUAAAUGAUUUGAAGAUUUUGCUAGAAAUUACUAAGUAGGAAAGUCUGAAAACUGUUUUGGUUAUAUGCAUUAGGUACUAUAUCACUAUACAUACUUGUUUACUAAGAUCACAUUGUGAAAUUGCAUGAAGUGUUAAUUAUAUAAUUCUUGUAUGUUAGGUGCAGAGUACUGUUACAUCAACUAUGUUCUGCUUCUAGGAAAGUUAAAACCUAAUGCAUCUUGCAGAAGCAAAGUACAAUUCCUCUAAAGUCUUUCAAAGCUCUGUCUGACUUCCAGCUUAGAAUAAUAACAAAAGGUGUUUUUCAAUCACAUGCCAGGAGACAUCAAAAAGUGUACAGUUUUGUUUAGUUCCAUUGAUGGAAUGAUGUAAAAAAACUGUUUGCCUGAUCAGACUGACUUACUUGCAACAGCUUUAUCUCAUGCUUUACACAGAUUUUCCUUUGUUUUCAUUCCUUCACUGCAUAUGUAAUUAUACCAUGUUAAACUACUUGGACAAUUUCACACAUCAGACAGUUCAUGGAACAUUGUUACAUACAAGUCUAGACCUGCAUUACUGUUAAAGUAUAUAUCCAAAAAUACUAAACACACACACACACACACACACACACACACACACA